AUAAAAGACUUUGUUUCUCUUCUCCUUUUCACUGCCAAGCAAUCCUUCUGCAGCAGCACCACCAGCAGCCACUUUUCCUCUGAGCCACACUCACUCCAAAAAACAGGGAACCAAGAUGACCAUGAUACUGGCUUACUGGGACGUCCGAGGGUUUGCCGGACACAUACGGCUCAUGCUGGAGUACACCAAGGCCAAGUACGAGGAAAAGUUUUACGUCGUUGGUGAUGCACCGGGUUUUGACAAAAGUGGCUGGUUUAAUGAAAAAUUCAAGCUUGGACUUGACUUCCCCAACCUGCCUUACCUGAUUGAUGGAAACAACAAGGUCACACAGAGUAUGGCAAUCCUGAGGUACCUCGCACGAAAGAACAACCUGUGUGGAGACACGGAGGAGCAGAAGAUCAGAAUAGACAUGCUGGAGCAGCAGUGCUUAGACUUGAGAGCCAGCUUUGUGAGGAUGUGCUAUGUUGACCUUGAAGGUCUAAAGCCAGACUACUUGAAGGCGCUGCCAGAAGCACUGAAGCUGUUCUCUGACUUCCUGGGACAGAGGAAGUGGUUUGCUGGAGACAAGCUCACCUAUGCGGACUUCAUCAUGUACGAGAUGCUGGAUAUGCAGAGGAUGUUCCAUCCUCCCUGCUUGGAUAAUUUCAAGAACCUCAAAGCUUUCUUGGACCGUUUUGAGGCUCUGGACGGGGUUUCUGCCUACUUAAAGUCAGAUAAAUACAUCAAGGAGCCCAUCAACAACCGCAUGGCCCAGUGGUCAUUCAAGAAAGUGAAGUAAAAGUGAAGAACAACAGCUGUACUCCUGGACGACAUGAUAAAAAGUUUGAGAGCUAAGAAGUAGAAUUUGAUUCAACAAUUAAUUAGCAACUCAGGAAAAGUCGUCAUCAACAGAUGACAGAUGGACCAACAUAUCAAGUUUCAUUACUUUCACACUAAUGCUACAAUGUUAGGAAAACUAUGGUUUGCUUAAAACUCUUUUUACAUGUGCAACUUUUUGGACGGAUUAAAAUAACUCUAUCUACUUUGAACUU